AUGUUAAUGAGAAAUGAAAUUUUAACUACACAUGAUUUAAAUACUACAGUUUCUUAAUAUUUAACUUAACCUUAUUCAAAAGUGAGUGAUAAAUAAGAAGUGGAUGAUUAAUUACUUACUACUUCUUAUGAUGAAAAAAAAUAAUAAUAAACUCAACCAUUUGAACCUAAUUAACUAAUUUAAUGGCUAACUUACCCAAAUUAAUAAACAAUCGAAAUAUCGUUGUUCAAACCAAAUGCAUUAAAGGAGAAAUAGGAAGAUAUAAUGAAAUACAUAUUUAAUAUUGACUACAUUUCUUUUAAAUUUUAAGAAGUUAAUGAAAAGUUAGAUUAUUCUAAAGGAGGAUAUAGUGAUGUUUGUAUUGUGAAAGACUAAAAAGAUAGAAAAUUAAUUAGAAAGAAAGUAACUAAUCCUUCAGCUUUCCUUAAUGAGUUACGCUUUUUUUAAUAGAUGGAAAAUGAGUAUUUAGUAAACAUUUAUUACUAUUCUAAAUGUGAUUAGGAAUUCUAUUUAGAGAAAGGUGAUGAAACUCUCUACUCAUUUUUUAAGAAAAAUACAAUUAAGAACAGAUUUUUUUUGUUCCUCCUCUGCUUGACAAUAAUAGAAGCAGUAACAUCGCUGCAUGUCAGCAACAUCUUCCAUGGAGACAUAAAACCCCAAAACAUUAUUAUUUUUUAUAAAAAUGGCUUCAAACUUGAUAAUUUACAGUAAGAUUAAGAUAUUUGUAUAAAAGAUAUUCAAUAGUUUUUAGCAAUAGAAAGCUUUUUGAAAUUUGAUUUCGAAGGCUUUUAAGGAAGUCCAGAUUAUAAAUUUGUAGAUAAUGAGAAUAUAAAUUUUAGUGAUUUAUUUAAUGCUAUUUAUCGAAAUAGUCAUAAAGAAGAAAUCAAAUAAAACUAUAAAAGCUUUUCUCAAAUGCUUGAAAAAUUAUUCUGUGUUACGAUUAAAUUUAUAGAUUUUUAAUCUUCUUCAAAACUCAAUAGUGUAUAAAAAAUAUGCUAUUACACAAAAGCAUUUACAUGCAAAAAAUUUAUAAAUAAAAUGAAGAGUGAAUAUCUCAACUUCUUAGAUAAGAUGUAUGUAGAUCAUUAUAGCACAUUCAGAACAAUAUUAAUGAUUUUAAAUUUUCAAUAUAUAUAAAAUUUUUAUACACUAGAUGACUCAUCUAGCAUUUAUAAAACUGAGGAUUCAAUCUUAAAAUCGUUACUCUUAUCUUAUUAGUUUCAUCUUGAAAAUGUUUUUAUUCAAAAAAAAGAUGUCAAUUAAACAGCUAAAAAAUUAUUAAUCAAACUCCCUUUUUAAAAUAUUUAAUUAACCUCAUGA